AGCACAUUAAAAUCGAUCGUGAAAUUUGAAAGGAGAGGCCAGUAAGGCUUGGUGAAGCGGCUCAACGCUCUUUUUGGCACAUGACGACCAACAAUUCUCUCAUUUACUGACAACUCUCCUGUAUAAACUUAUUUCUUGUUUUUGUUCCCUAGUUUGUUGUUCUUUUUAAACAAUUGUCUUUCUCGUGUCCUCCAUCCUACGCGCCAUGUUGCGAUCGGCGGGAGCUUCGGUUUUCCGAAGCACAACCACCUCAACUGGAAGAUGGACGUCAAAAUGCUCUGAGUGCGCAAGGACAGUGGCGGCAACAAGGUCACCAUUACUGCCACAAUCGAUAGCUGCAUUCCACUCAUCGAGGAGGAGAUCUUCAGCAUGGGCCGCCGCCGUCUCAGUGGCAGGCAAUGUUGUCACCAACGCUAUCAGCAGAGCCACAAAAACCGACCUAGGGAUCGAUCCUUUACGCAUUGUCGCCAAGGAGAUGAAGUUUUUGACCGGUAACAUACGAAAGCUUCUCGGAUCCGGACACCCAUCGCUUGAUCGAGUCGCGAAAUACUAUACCCAGGCUGAGGGCAAGCAUGUCCGCCCCCUAAUCGUGCUCCUCAUGUCAAGAGCUACAUCUCUCUGCCCGAAAGCACCAAGGCAACAAUACAUUCAGUCUGCCGCUGGCAUCGACACCUCAAUAUCACCCAUUGGAGUUCUCGGCGACGCGAACCCGUCUUCUUCCAUUCAAGCGCUGGAUAACCAAUCCGAAAUGUCCACCCACUCAGACCCCGACAUCCUACCGUCGCAAAGACGGUUAGCAGAGAUUACUGAGCUGAUACAUACCGCCUCGCUGCUGCACGACGACGUUAUAGAUCACUCCGAGUCCAGGCGUGGGUCACCUUCUGCGAAUCUCGAGUUUGGUAACAAAAUGGCAGUCCUAGGAGGAGAUUUCCUUCUGGGGAGGGCAUCGGUUGCGCUUGCACGGCUACGGGAUGCCGAGGUCACAGAACUCCUGGCCACCGUCAUUGCAAACCUCGUCGAGGGCGAGUUUAUGCAGCUGAAGAACACUUCGCGGGACGAGUCGAGGCCGGUCUGGAGCGAGGAUGCGCUGACUUACUACCUGCAAAAGACGUACCUCAAGACGGCGUCGCUCAUCAGCAAGAGCUGUCGCGCAUCGGCUCUGCUGGGUGGCGCAGAUGCGCAAACCGUCGACGCCGCAUACGCAUUUGGCAAAAACCUUGGCUUGGCUUUCCAGCUGGUCGACGACAUGCUGGAUUACACUGUGUCUGCGGUCGAUUUGGGCAAGCCGGCCGGCGCAGAUCUCGAACUUGGUCUGGCGACUGCUCCAUUGUUGUUUGCUUGGAAGAAUCACCCGGAGCUUGGUGAACUUGUUGGGCGCAAAUUCUCCAAGGAGGGUGAUGUUACAAGGGCACGUGAGAUUGUCCUUGCAAGUGACGGUAUUGAGCAAACCCGUGCUCUUGCACAGAGGUAUGCCGAGCAGGCCAUUGAGGCCAUCAGCCAUUUUCCUGAUUCCGAAGCCAAGGACGGCCUGAUUGAGAUGGCCGCCAAAACUUUGAAGCGCAAGAAGUAAUGUAUCAGCAUUUACAACAUUGCACAUGGUUUUCUUCUUUCUUGUUAUUAUAUGAUGUACCAUCAUAAAGCAUAUACUGUUGUAUUAGGAGUCGGUUCGGUGGGCAUUCACGUCACGGGCUGUUGUUGAGUUGAUUGGGGAUACGGUCAGCCCGUUCAAAUUUGUACUAUUACAUCCUGCAUUGGCAAAUUAGAGAUGGGAAAGACUAUCUAGAAGGAGAAACGCUCUACUUCGAACACCUGCCAUUACUUUCUUUGUAUAUUUUCUCGUCUGCAUUGAAUUCCUGCCUUUUCAUCCACAUUAACCAGCAGCACACUACAGUGUCUUGUCAUUGGGAGAAUCGCAC